AGAGUCUCGGGGAGGCAGUUGUAGUUGCUCUGUUGCGUCACUGCUUCAAACUGAGUUUGUUUGACUUUUGCAUACGUAUACAUGCAUUUUUGAUACUUGAAGUAUGUUAAAUAUUAUACAUUUUUACGAUUACUCAGAGUAAAAUUACAAUCAGAGGAGAGGAUCACAUUUGGCCAGUCAGUACAAUCUGUGCGGACAAUCACAUUUGCUGAACUGACGUGAAAUGGACCAGUUGACUAUUUGUACAGGGACUAACAGUCGUCUUUCUAGACCUGAAGACAAAGAACAACACUACCUUCAACUCAAGUUACGUUAUUCAAACUGCACCUAUGUCGACGGAAACCUUGAAAUAGUAGAUAUUGUUGAUGAAGAUGCUGAUUUAUCAUUUUUGAAAGAUAUUCAAGAAGUGAGUGGCUACGUCUCUAUUGGUUUGGUAAACGUUGAUGUUGUGCCAUUGCCAAAUUUACGGGUUAUUCGAGGCGCUACCUUAUACAAUGGUAAUGCCCUAUAUAUUGUGUUAAACUAUGAUAAAUCAAGAGCUGGAGUUGGUCUCAAAGAACUGCAGUUCACUGCUUUGAAAGAGAUUAUUUCUGGUGGUGUCAACAUAACUCACAAUAGAGAUCUAUGUUACGCAGAGACAGUAAAUUGGGAGGAUAUUACAAGUACUAAUGCUAAUAUCAUUAUUAAACCUACAGACGAAGAUGCUGCAAUCUGUCCCAAGAUCUGCCACACUUCUUGUGACUCCAACCAUUGCUGGGGGUCUGGGCCAGAAAACUGCCAAACAUUGACAAAAACUGUGUGUGCUGAACAGUGUGACUAUCGCUGUAAAGGGCCAUCACAGAGAGAUUGUUGUCAUGCAAGCUGUGCCGCUGGGUGCACUGGACCAUCAAGCUUAGACUGCCUGGCUUGCAGGCUUUUUGAAGAUGAUGGUGCAUGUGUAAAAGAAUGUCCAGAUCCAUUUAUUUAUGAUUCAAUAACAUUUCAAAAUGUUCCCAAUCCAAAUGCCAAAUAUGCCUAUGGAUCUAAAUGUGUGAAAGAGUGCCCAGAACAUUUACUUGUGGAUCAAAGUAGCUGUGUUAAGUCAUGUCCACCUGGAAAGAUUGCCAACGAUGAAGAUAUAUGUGAGGAGUGUGAUGGUCCAUGUCCAAAAACAUGUCCUGGGUUUGGCAGAGAUGAACUUAGUAUAUAUGACCAAGUCGACGAAAGAAACAUCCAUAUUUUCCAAAACUGCACUGUUAUUGACGGGAGUCUUAUCUUUACAUCAAGUACAUUUGACGGUGAUCCAUUUCUUGGUGUUGUCGGUAUCCACACAUCUGAAUUAGAUGUUUUCAACACUGUCAAACAAGUCACUGGAUAUGUAUCUGUAUUACAUGCUGGUCCUGGACAGGAUGAUCUGUCUUGUUUCAAAAAUUUGGAAGUAAUCGCUGGACGUGACCUCUAUGAGGGGUUUGCAUUAGCUGUGAUGGGCACCACUUUGAAGUCGCUGGGACUUGUGUCACUCCAAGAAAUACGAAUGGGAAAUGUGUACAUUAAGGAAAACAACUAUCUGUGUUAUGUAACCAGGCAAAUGUUUAAUGGAAUUCUUAAAAAUAAAAAUAUACAGUCCGCUUCUGUUAAUAACAAUAAACUAGAAGCAACAUGCAACGAAGAUGGUGACAUUUGCAAUUCAGAAUGUACAAAUGUCGGUUGCUGGGGCCCACGAGCUGACGAAUGCUUAACAUGUAAAAACUAUAAACUAGGAGAGGAGUGUGUAGAGCGCUGUGAGUUAGAUAAUGGGCAAUAUAUGGUUUCUGACAGACAAUGUGACUAUUGCCAUGAAGAAUGCUUUGAAUCCUGCUCCUGGUCGGGGGCAGAGAACUGUUCAGCUUGUCUUAACGUCAAAGAUGGACCAUUCUGUAAAUCUGAAUGUCCUACUGCCAAGUAUGCAGAUCAGGAUAAUUAUUGUCAGUUAUGUCAUGAAAACUGUAAAAUAGAAGGUCCUAAUUCUGGGUGCACUGGUCCAGGAAAUUCAAUUGGUGGUGACAGUUGCCGCUCCUGUUCCCAAGUUUUAUUGAAUAAAGACGGGAAUUUAGUGGAAUGUAUGACACCAAAUAGUGCAUGUCCUGAUAGACACUUUGAAGACUAUCACAUCGCUGGAACAUUCAUAGAUUCACAUGUUUGCCAAGCUUGCCAUGAGGAGUGUUUAUCUUGUAACGACAAAGGACCUUAUAGUUGCACGAAAUGUGUUCAUGUGCGGUACAGUAACGUUUGUAUGCUGGAUUGUCCACCUGGCUAUUUCGCAGAUGAUCAGAAGAUUUGUCAAAUGUGUAAUGAAGAAUGCAAAGAAGGUUGCUCUGGGAGUGAUCCCACAGACUGCAAUGAUUGUAAAAACUACAAAAUUCCAAUGAACGAUAACUAUCAAGAAGUCAAUACUACAGUUUUUUCCUGUGUUGCUGAGUGUCCAGUUAACAAGCCCUUCAUUAUGGAUGAAAAUAUUUGUGUGAGCAACUGUACUGGAAAUACCUUUUCAAAUUCUAAAAAGCACUGCCAGUCCUGUCACGAUGAAUGUCUUAAUGGAUGUUAUGAUGACCAGCGCUCAUCAUGUUUUGAGUGUAAGCAUUUGAGAGCAGAUAAUGGUGAUUGUGUGCUGGAUUGCCGACCUAAUGAGGAGGAAUCUAACGGAAUAUGUAUCUCAAUAGGAAGUCCAUCAACAGGGGCAAGACCGGUCAGCAGUACACCUAUCAUCAUUGGUUGUCUUGUGGGAUUCAGUUUGCUGCUCAUUUUGAUUUUCUUCGUCAUCUGGUAUUUUCGAAGACAAAGAAAUAUGGACGAAAGGAGGCGAAGUUACCUCGAAUACACUGAUUAUAAUUUGGAUACAUUCACAGAGCCAUUGACACCUAGUGGCGCUGCUCCAAACCAAUCAACUGUGAGACUUAUUAAAGAAACUGAACUGAAAAAAGGUGGUCUUUUGGGAUCCGGUGCUUUUGGUACUGUAUUCAAAGGCAUCUGGUUACCUGAAGGUGACAAAGUACGGAUUCCUGUGGCCAUUAAAGUUCUAAGAGAAGGAAUGUCUGCAAAAGCCAAUCAAGAACUGCUAGAGGAAGCUUACGUCAUGGCAACUGUUCAACAUGAGCAUCUUACACGGUUGCUAUGUGUGUGUAUGGCGUCACAAAUGAUGUUGAUCACACAACUGAUGCCACUCGGAGCGUUACUGGACUACGUAAGAGAACAUAAGAGUAAAGUUAGCUCACAACAUCUACUCAAUUGGUGUACACAGAUUGCAAAGGGCAUGGUUUACCUGGAAGAAAAACGACUUGUACAUCGUGACUUGGCUGCUAGGAAUGUCUUGGUAGAGAGUCCUAUGAAGGUUAAAAUAACAGAUUUCGGUCUUGCUAAAUUCAUUGAAAUCAACGAAGAAGAGUAUACCGCAGCUGGUGGAAAGAUGCCUAUCAAAUGGCUGGCGUUAGAAUGCAUUACGCAUAGAAGAUUCACUCCACAGAGCGAUGUGUGGAGUUUUGGUGUCACUGUAUGGGAGCUUAUGACAUUUGGUGGUAAACCUUAUGAGGGUGUCAGCGCCCGUGACGUACCUGAUUUAUUGGAAAAAGGAGAGCGUUUACCUCAGCCAACUAUCUGUACAAUCGAUGUGUACAUGAUUAUGCUAAAGUGCUGGAUGCUGGAUGCAGACAGUCGGCCAGUCUUCCAUGAAUUGGCGGAGGAGUUUACAAAAAUGGCAAGAGAUCCUCAACGCUAUUUAGUUAUUGAUAAUGACGGUCAUGAGCCGUUGCCAAGUCCCUCUCGCAGUGAGUUUUAUCGAAGUCUGCUUCCAGAUGAGGGUCCUGAAUUAUUGAUGGAUGCAGAAGAUUACCUGCAACCAGUGAGCACGUUUGGACAUAGUGCCGGAAGUGAUGGGCUUGGAUCACAGGGUUAUCCCACAACAUAUGCACCUAUGGCUCAUCCACCUCCUAUUGCACGACAUGAAAGUGGAGGAUCCAAUGGUUACGAUAGAGCAUACGUAGGUGAAGGCGCCAUAGCUAGCCCCACUGGUAGCAACGGCAAAGACAUUAUGCAGGGCAAACUAAACUGCCCUACAAAGAAAGAAGACAGUAUUAGAUACAGCACUGAUCCAUUAUUACUAUUACAAGCUCAGAAACAAAGAGAAUAUUUUGAGCCACAGGAAGAGGAGGAUGAAGAAGAAGAUGCCCCAGGCUGUCUUUUGCCUGGCAAUGCUGUAGAUAACCUUGAAUAUCAUCGUUUAAGUCAAGAAGAGGAGGAAGCUAAUGCAUUACACAACAGACAACCAUUGAUACCAAUGUCGCCUUCAAACAUGGUGCCUAAUUACGGCCAACGACAAAACGAUAGACUUUUAACAACACCUAAUGGUGGUGAUAGGAACAAUGUUGCACAUAGUCUUUCUUCUGACGGGACAUCACCCGGAUCGCCACCAAAGCGAAGUCUUAUCAAUUCCAGUAUGAAUUCACUGGAUGGUAGUAAACAUUCACUUGAUAAAGUUUUGAACAAUGUAGGAAGCGGUUCGUUAUCACAGGCGGGUAGCGAGGAAUACCUGUCAGAUCACGACUAUGUUAAUGACAUGCCCAUACGUGCACCACCACCAAUUCAUAUUGAUGGAAUGACUUCAACAAAUACCAUGGUCUGAUUAUAUCACCUCAAAUUAUUCAAUAGUUGGGCUUGUCUAUUGUCCAUCAAUUAUUCUGAUGACAUUGAAGUCAUUUGCCAGAUGGAAAGACGUGUCGUUGAAUAGUUGGGAGUUGAACUGUACAAUAUGGAAUGCAUUGGGUACACAAGCUAAGGAAAUACAUAUUAAACAGUUUUGUGGAUGUUUAUUUGGUGAUACGUACUGUGUAAAGUCAGCCAAAUUUGUUUUUCUCUAAGCAAGACAUUUUUUUAAACAGAACUAUUUUAAAAAAUUUAUGAAAUAACGAUUUAUUAAAUCAAUAACUGUAC